AUGAACUCUCAGAUGUACAAGACAUGGUUGUUCAACAACCAGAAAAAGAAGGAGAGGAAGGACAUGAUAAAGUAUGGGAGGAAAUGGACUCCUAGGCAGGUGAUCUACCAGCAGAAACGGGAGGAGGUGCUGAAGAGGAUUGAGGAUGAGUCUGGGGCAAAGCCAGGAGGUCCCGGUAUGUUCAAGCAUUAUCAGGCGGCUGUAAAAAGAGUCAUGGCUGAAUUGUCCGAUGAUGAGUUGGAGAAGGCAAAAGACACGGCCGAAGAAUGGUCCAGCAACUUUCCUCCUCCCGAGAUACAAGCACAAGGAGCACUUUUCGAAGGAGAUGUGGAGGCAAUGCGGGAUGAGAGUGUUGUGAUGUCGGCAUGGAAGAAUGAACAGGGAGAGGUGCUGUUCGGGAUGCACGAUGAUAACGAGGCAUUAGGAGAUGGGGAAAGUUUCAUGAAGAUGAAGGACUGGGAGGACAUCGAGCCAGUUUGGCAGGAGUAUGCGCAGGAACAAUUUGGUGCUGGGGCACGAGAUGGUGGGCGACAGGUGAAUGGAGGUCGAAAGAGAAUCAGGAAGCCUGCUUUUGAACUCGAAAUCGAUGGGGAUGGGAUGCCGGUGCUUCCUGACAUCACCGAGACAAAACUUGAGGAGAAGAAAGCCAUUGUCAGAGCAUUUCUCGCAUUGCACUAUCAUAUCUGUUCUGGGAUUGUCAAGGCAGUUGUGCCAUGGAGCGCCAUCGUACAAAGUCAGGAUGACUUUGUGGCAAGAACGUAUCUUCCGGCGGAUGUGGACUUGAAGGAGCCUUCGAAGUUGCAACAUUGGGACACGACCACCUUACUGAAUUUCUGGUAUGCUCGGCAGGAGACAGGCGAAGGUCCAACAUUCCUGUUCAAAGCAUGGAGGAACAGAGAUGGGGACAUGGUAGCCUCGGUUGUAUCCGGAAAUUCACCUUCUCAUCAGACUCAUAAUGCCAGACGAGUUAUGAUCCGAAGGCCUCGGAAUUCAGCAACCGAAACUGACAGUGAUCCCAAGGCCAAUCACGAGAGUGAUCCAGAGAGCAAUCCCAAGGGACAACAUUCAUCACAUGGAGGAUGA